UUCCUGGAUGAGUAAAUGUUUAUGAAUAGCAUCAUUCAUGUGAGAGAUUAGGUGUACUUGCGUGCUGAAACUUUCAUUCCCAAAGAAGGACGGUCAUGGAGUAGCACACCCAAUCCUUGAGCUCACCUGUGCAGUAUAUAAAGUGUUGUACUUAUCUUGAGGAGUAUCACACGACGUAUCUAGGACGACUGGUCAACAGCACUCACCCGUUCAUCAUGAUGAAGCUCAUCAUUUCCCUGACUCUUUUCUGGGCUCUCUGCAGCACAGCCGGAGCUCUUCGGUGUCACACCUGCACAGAUGAGACAUGUGCAACCACAACACCCCAAACGUGUUCCACAGAGACGAUGUGUAUAUCAGCAGCCAUUGAAGGAACUUCAUCUGGAACUGCACUCCCGCAAAUCUACAAAGCAUGUGCUCCGUCCUCCCAGUGUCCAGCCACAGGACCUCAGACAUUUUCAGUCAACUUGGGUGGUUCAAGUGCACUUGUAUCAGCUAUGUGCUGCAACACAGAUAACUGCAACAGAGAUAGUGUAGCUUCUCCUACUACUCCGGCAGAUAACAGCCUCCAGUGUAAUUCUUGUUCAACCUCUGCAUGCACGACACCAUUACAGUGUAAGGGGACGGAGGACAUUGACCGAUGGCUCCACCAGUUUUCCUGGUUAUGGCUGUGCAUCUUCAAACCUCUGUGCAGCUGCUACCAGCCUGGGUUCAAUACCUUUCGUAGCAAGUCUUGGCUCCAUCAGCAGUGGACCAACCUGUUGUGGAACCAGAUUGUGUAA